UAAGAACGCACCAACGUGAAUGGCAAUGAGUCGUGUUGUAUUUGUGGCGAAAAAAUCUUGUGUGUCGAUUGGAUUUGGAGCCCCGCCUUGUUAAAUUUUACCCAAAUCGCGUUGCUGCGGGCAUGAAAAGGAGCGCAGCAUGACGGAGAAGAUUACGCUAGCGGACGCACUGUCCAAUGUGGAAGUGCUGGACGAGCUGUCGCUUCCGGACGAGCAGCCGUGCAUCGAGGCCCAGCCCUGCUCCAUUAUCUACAAGGCUAACUUCGACACGAACUUCGAGGAUCGCAAUGGAUUUGUCACGGGAAUCGCCAAGUACAUCGAGGAGGCCACCACCCACGCCAACCUGAAUGUGCUCCUGGACGAGGGGCAGAAACAUGCAGUCAUGCUUUAUACCUGGCGCUGUUGUUCCCGCGCUAUCCCACAGCCCAAGUCAAAUGAGCAGCCCAAUCGUGUGGAGAUCUAUGAAAAGACGGUGGAGGUUCUUGCGCCUGAGGUAAACAAGCUUCUGAACUUCAUGUACUUCCAACGCAAGGCCAUCGAGGCCUUCUCCGGUGAAGUGAAACGGCUGUGUCACGCCGAGAAGCGCAAGGACUUCGUAUCCGAGGCUUACCUGUUGACCCUCGGCAAAUUUAUAAACAUGUUCGCCGUUCUGGACGAGCUGAAAAAUAUGAAGUCUAGCGUGAAGAAUGAUUACUCUACGUAUAGAAGAGCCGCGCAGUUCCUUAAGGUGAUGUCAGACUCACAUACCCUGCAGGAAUCGCAGAACCUUUCCAUGUUUCUGGCCACGCAGAACAAGAUUCGCGACACGGUCAAGGACACGCUUGAGAAGAUCGUGGGCUACGAGGAUUUGCUUUCGGAUGUGGUUAAUAUUUGUGUGCACAUGUUCGAAACAAAGAUGUACUUGACACCUGAGGAGAAGCAUAUGCUAGUAAAGGUUAUGGGUUUCGGACUGUUCCUCAUGGACAGCGAUGCGUGCAAUAUUAACAAGCUCGAUCAGAAAAAGAUCCGACUGGAUCGUAUUGAUCGUAUCUUUAAGAACUUAGAAGUGGUUCCGCUGUUCGGCGACAUGCAGAUCGCACCUUUUAACUACAUCAAGCGCAGCAAGCACUUUGAUUCCAGCAAGUGGCCGCUGUCCAGCUCGAACGCCAUUAGCCCACAGGCAGAUUUGAUGGUGCACCUACCGCAAAUACGUGAGGAUCACGUCAAAUACAUUUCGGAGUUGGCACGAUACACAAACGAGGUGACCACAACCGUCAAAGAGAAUCCCUCUGAUGCUGAGAAUAGGAUUACGGCUGACUUGGCCUUGCGAGGCUUGCAACUGUUGUCUGAGUGGACCAGUGUAGUCACCGAGCUGUACUCUUGGAAGCUACUGCAUCCCACGGAUCACCACCAGAACAAAGAAUGCCCAGUUGAGGCCGAGGAGUACGAGCGAGCCACCCGCUACAACUACACUUCGGAGGAGAAGUUUGCUCUCAUAGAGGUCAUCGCCAUGAUCAAAGGUCUGCAGGUGCUGAUGGCCCGCAUCGAGACCGUCCUGUGCGAGGCAAUCCGGCGAAAUAUCUACUCUGAGCUUCAGGACUUUGUGCAGCUUUCACUUCGCGAACCGCUCCGAAAGGCCGUGAAGAACAAGAAGGACCUUAUUCGGAGUAUAAUUAUGUCGGUUCGCGAGACGUCGGCGGACUGGCAGAAGGGCUAUGAACCAACUGACGAUCCAGUUGCAAAAGGGAAAAAGGAUCCCGACGGCGGCUUCCGCAUUCAAGUGCCGCGCCUUAAUGUUGGUCCCUCUUCAACGCAGCUGUACAUGGUGCGCACUAUGCUGGAGUCCCUGAUUGCCGACAAGAGUGGCGGCAAGCGCACACUGCGCAAGGAUAUUGACGGAAAUUGCCUACUUCAGAUCGACACUUUCCACAAGACUUCUUUUUACUGGAGCUACUUACUCAACUUCAGCGACACUCUUCAAAAGUGUUGCGAUUUAUCGCAGCUUUGGUAUCGCGAAUUUUAUUUGGAGAUGACCAUGGGCCGUAAAGUUAACAAGUGCUUGGUGCGACAUCAGCACAACGAGGAAUGCAAGGAUCUGAUCACAAUGGAGAAGCGAAUUCAGUUCCCAAUUGAGAUGUCUAUGCCGUGGAUCCUUACCGAUCACAUUUUGCAAACAAAGGAGCCCUCAAUGAUGGAAUUUGUUUUGUAUCCCCUGGAUCUAUACAACGAUUCGGCGUAUUACGCCCUCACUGUCUUCCGAAAGCAGUUCCUCUACGACGAGGUAGAGGCCGAGGUCAAUUUGUGCUUUGACCAGUUUGUUUACAAGCUAAGCGAGCAGAUCUUUGCCCACUACAAGCAAUUGGCGGGCAGUAUUUUCCUUGACAAGAGAUUCCGCUUGGAGUGCGAGGUGCUCGGUUUCAACUUCCAAUCGUAUCCUCGCAACAAUCGCUAUGAGACUUUGCUAAAACAACGACAUGUUCAACUUUUGGGUCGAUCUAUUGACUUAAACAAACUGAUCACACAACGCAUUAAUGCCAACAUGCACAAAAGCAUUGAAUUGGCCAUUAGCCGCUUCGAAGGCAACGACAUUACUGGCAUUGUGGAACUUGAAGGCCUUCUGGAGGCGAACCGAAUUUGCCACAAGCUGCUUAGCAAAUAUUUGGCUCUCGACAACUUUGACGGCAUGGUGAAGGAGGCUAACCACAAUGUAUUGGCGCCUUACGGGCGGAUCACUCUUCACGUCUUUGUGGAAUUGAACUAUGACUUCCUUGUUAAUUACUGCUACAAUGCAGCCACAAAUCGUUUCAUUCGAACCAAAGUAAAUUUGUCGUCGUCACAGGCUAUUCAGCGUGAGAAACCGCCGCAAAUGUCGCAUUACUAUCUGUGGGGUUCCAAGCAGCUGAAUGCUGCUUAUUCCACUCAAUAUGGUCAGUACACUAACUUUGUGGGAUCGCCGCAUUUCCAUGCCAUGUGCCGACUGCUUGGAUACCAAGGCAUUGCUGUCGUAAUGGACAUUAUUCUAAAGGACAUUGUUAAGCCGCUAAUUCAGGGCUCACUGCUGCAGUUCACCAAGACACUGAUGAUUGCCAUGCCCAAGUCUUGCAAGCUGCCCCGUUGCGAAUAUGGCUCGCCAGGAGUGCUGAGCUACUACCAGGCCCAUCUCACAGACAUCGUGCAAUAUCCUGACGCAAAGACUGAGUUGUUUCAGUCGUUCCGCGAGUUCGGUAACAGCAUAAUCUUCUGCCUGUUGAUUGAACAGGCGCUCUCCCAGGAGGAGGUGUGCGAUCUACUGCACGCUGCCCUUUUCCAGAACAUCUUCCCCAGGCCUUUUUGCAAAGAAAACGAAAAGCCGGAAGCUAAGCAAAAGCGUCUUGAGGCCCAGUUUGCUAACCUGCAGAUUGUCUCAAAUGUGGAAAAGAUCGGAACCGCAAAGCAAGCAAUGAUUGCUCGCGAGGGAGACUUGCUGACACGCGAACGACUUUGCUGCGGCCUCAGCAUAUUCGAGGUGAUCCUGAACCGGGUGAAGAGUUAUUUAGACGAUCCAGUGUGGUGUGGCCCUCCACCAGCCAACGGAAUAAUUCAUGUGGACGAGUGCUCGGAGUUCCAUCGGCUUUGGUCGGCACUACAAUUCGUCUAUUGCAUUCCAGUGAGGGGAACAGAGUACACUAUUGAAGAACUCUUUGGCGAGGGUCUCAAUUGGGCGGGCUGCGUCAUGAUCGUGUUGCUUGGCCAGCAGAGGCGUUUUGAGGCUUUGGACUUUUGCUACCACAUUCUUCGAGUGCAACGCGUCGAUGGCAAGGAUGAGGACGUUAAGGGCAUUCAACUAAAGCGAAUGGUGGAUCGGAUUCGUCGGUUCCAAGUAUUAAACUCACAAAUCUUUUCCAUUCUCAACAAAUAUCUGAAGGGCGGCGACGGCGAGGGCUCAAAUGUGGAGCACGUUCGGUGCUUUCCACCACCACAGCAUCCCUCGGUCAUAUCGUCAUCGUCGCACUACCAGGAUCCCCAGAAGCUGCGUCAGAGUAUGAACAAUUGAAAGCCCCCCGGCAGUGAAUGCAUUUAAGCCGAUGGCAUACAAAUAGGUUAUUCUUAUUUAGUGCUCCCAGUAGGAAAGAGAAGAAGUCGAGGGAUGCAAGUUUUUGGCUAUUCUGCCAUAUAUUGACAAUUUGUUCAGGCAAAGGAGUAGUCUUGGUUGCAUUUGAAUUCGAUUUUAUUUGAAAUCUCUUUUGAUAUGUCGCUUUCAAUCAUACAGUACGUAAAAUGUAUUUUCCAAGCAAUUAUAUAGAAGUAAUAUUAAACUCCCAGCCAAGGCAUUCAAUUCAACUACUCGUACAUUAUCCCAAAUACUCUAAUCUAAGCUCCCUAAGAUAUUAUGUUUGGCAUCCUGUUUUCCUUCGCUUCAAACAAAAACUUUUUUGUUUUGCUCCCCGAUUUGAGAAUCAAAUUAGCCAAAGAAUUGAUGACAGCACGGCGAAAUAAAAACUAAUUGGCUUUAAACACAAUCAAAGUAUUAUGAAAUAGAUGCCGCACAGUGUAUGAAGACACGACAGCCAACAUUGAGACACAUACAAUUAAUACAAUGAACAUUAUCGAAUAAAAUUUUCAUACGUAUUUCUUACAAACCCAUA